AUGGCCGGUCGCUACUCCAACCUCCCACCGCCGACUCGCGAUUCGCUUGAACUUGCCUCAUUGGCCUCCUCGUCGCACCCUUCACGGCGGACUUCCGAAGAGUCUUCUACUUCGGGCGCGCCUUCUUCGCGCAGACUGUCCUUUGACGAUGAGGACCCUUUGUCAGAACUGAACCCUGCCGGCCACGAUCCGAACAGACCACGGCACAAUCGCUCGUACAGCGUAUCCUCAGCCUUCGAUUUCGCGCCCAACCUAUUUCCCCUCUCUAGCACCGCGCAGGGAUAUACAGCACUGGGCGCGCCUUCAAACCCAGCCCUAGACCCGUCGAAUGCGCUUAAUGGCGGCUCAUUGGAGAAGAACAAGAGUUUAACAUACCUCAAUGGAUUGUCCUUGGUAAUUGGGCUUAUAAUCGGAAGUGGCAUCUUCUCCUCGCCAUCACAAGUCAACAAGAAUGCUGGAUCACCAGGCGCGUCCCUUAUAGUCUGGGUCGUGGCUGGUAUUCUGGCCUGGACAGGUGCCGCGAGUUAUGCAGAGCUCGGAGGUGCCAUACCACUGAAUGGUGGUGCACAAGUCUAUUUGUCUAAAAUUUUCGGAGAAUGGGCGGGAUUCUUAUUUACAUGGUGCGCAGUCGUGGUGCUGAAGCCGGGUUCAGCAGCCAUCAUUGCAAUAAUAUUUGGAGAGUACCUGGUGCGCGCAAUAAUUGGUGCCGAAGCUGUAGACGCGAGCACAUGGUUGAACAAGGGCGUGGCUCUGGUGGGACUGGUGGCCGUUACGUUACUCAACUGUGUAUCCACAAAGCUGGGCACAAGAAGUGCCGACGUCUUCAUGUUUCUGAAGUUCUUUGCACUCACGGGAGUCACAGUAAUCGGUAUCGUAGUUGCAGCAACGGGGCUCUCGUACAAGGGCGACGCGAACGAGGACUGGAAGAAUCGCGGUUGGUUUGAGGAUACUAGUGAAAACGUUAGCAAUUGGGCCGUGGCACUCUAUGCCGGACUUUGGGCUUUCGAUGGUUGGGAUAACGUCAAUUACGUGACUGCCGAGUUCAAAAACCCAACCCGUGACCUUCCUCGCGUCAUCCACACCUCCCUCCCACUCGUCAUACUCUGCUACAUCCUAGCCAACAUAUCCUACUUCCUCGUACUCCCCACCUCUGUCAUCGAAUCCUCCAACACCGUCGCCGUAGCUUUUGGAUCACAAGUAUUUGGUCCCAUUGGCUCCUUCAUCCUCGCACUGUUUGUCUCGGGAUCAUGUUUCGGCGCAUUGAACGCAACAACAUUCACAUCUGGCCGCCUUGUCUACGCUGCCGGAAAAGAAGGCUACCUUCCUUCUCUAUUCGGAAAUAUCGGUCUAGGAAAGAACCAUAGGGCAAUCCGCUUGCACAGCAUGAACGCAACACAAGGGAAAAGCAAGAUACCCAAGAAGCUAGUGAGCUGGUUUGCAGAUGCUGAUGCAGGCUUCUUCUUCACACCUAUUUCUGCCAUGGUACUCAACGCCGUCCUCACAGCCAUCUACAUCGUGGUUGGCUCUUUCGACACCCUUGUCACCUUCUAUGGCGUGGCAGGGUACGCGUUCUAUUUCCAAACCGUGCUUGGCCUCAUUAUUCUUCGCGUCCGCGAACCAGAUCUAGAACGCCCGUACAAAACUUGGAUCACCACGCCCAUCAUCUUCUGCUGCGUUAGUCUCUUCCUGCUGAGCAGAGCCGUGUUCGCGGAGCCAUUGCAGACAUUACUCGUCGUAGCGUUCAUGGUAGUGGGCUUAGUGAUUUGGUUCGCAUGGGUAGGAAGGCGAAGAGGGAAAGAGCAAACCAAGUUCCGUAUGCCAGAAGAAGGCAACGAGAAAGUGGGUUGGAAGUUCUGGCAACGCUGGAGACGAUGA